AUGGAUCCUGAUAAUUUUGAAGGAAAAAGAAAACUUCCAAAAAAUAUACAAGAUAUAAUUGUAAACACAGGAAAUUUAAUUAAUUUUAUUCAACAAGAUUCUGGUUCAAAUGAGAUAAUGAACUCUUUAAUUAAGCAAUUUGUUUCAUUAGAUUCAACUAUUGAAGCAACACAUGGUGGAGUAAACAAAUUAGCAGUUUCUAUAAAUGGAAUUGAAAAAUAUGCUGAUUCCCUAACAAAUAUGGUUCCUGUUGUAUAUGAUGUAAAUGAAAGUUUAUUAAAAAUAAAAAAUGAUGCUGCUAAUAUGGGAAAAUUAUAA